GCUGUUUGAUGCGCGCGUGGAGCAUACAUAGCUAGGGCUGGGUUUCCCGGGAAGGGUCGGCCCGCGCGGUCCCCCGUGCGGGGCCUGGGGGCGGCCUGAGCUGCCAGGGGUCGCGUGCUCCCGGGAUUCAGAGCUGCAGAUCUCGGAUGUACCGCGCUCCACAGGUGCCCAAACGUCCUCGCAAAGGAGUCCAGGCCUGGACUGGGGGGAGGGGGCGCUGUGGGUGGCCGCCGACGUCAGCCAGCCAAGAUGCUCAGCUUUAUAGGUGGGACUUAAACUUGUGACUUCAUCCUUUGGAGCCUCAGUUUUGUCAUCUGUAGAAUGGACAUAGUGGAAGCUACCUCACAGGACUGCUGAGAAGAUUAAAUGAGAAUACUUGUAGAGAUCUUUGCAGGAGGGAGACCUGGAAGCAGGGGCUGGCAGGCAGAGCACACCUGCUGUCACCCAGGACCGUGAACAGCGUGAAGACCCCGGUGGAGCUGGCCGUGAGUGGGAUGCAGACCCUCCACGUUCAGCACCGCUGCCGGGGCAGCUGCCGGGUCAAGGUUAGGCCGUCAUACGUGGAUGAGACUUUGUUUGGCAGUCCUGCAGGCACCCAGCCCACACCACCAGCCUUUGACCCACCGUGGAUGGGGAAGGCCAACAGAACCAGAGGAGUGGGUACAGGGGCAUCACAGGCCUCAGGGGCCAACGGGAGCUGUGAGACUACCUCCUCCAGGGACAAGACCCUGACCCUCGCACCAAGGAAGAAGAACAAAUACAGACUGAUUGGCCACACUCCUUCUUACUGCGAUGAGUCGCUCUUUGGCUCCCGACCUGAGGGCGCCGGCUGGGAGGCCUCGUGGAUGGCGAAGGGGGAUGCUGCAAAGCUCCAUGCCCUCUUCUGGACACCCCCAGCUACCCCUAGGGGCAGCCACUCACCCCGCCCCAGGGAGACUCCAGUGCGAGCCAUUCACCCAGCUAGUCCCUCAAAGACAGAGCGCGGGGUGGUGGCAGAUUCCCGGAGGUUGUCCGUGGACGGGUUAGACUCUCCACGCCCUCCGAGGCGGGAGCGUUCUUAUUCCCUCACCCACCUUAAUGUCCCCAGCACGAGUCACCCACCCACCAGUACCCCCUGCACAAAUGGGCCUCGAGAUCCCAGACCUUCCCCGUCAGGAGUGACCUUCCGGAGCCCCCUGGUGACUCCCAGGGCUCAUUCAGUCAGUGUUUCAGUGCCAGUUACCCCCCGACGAGGCGGAGCCAUCCAGAAACCAAAGCCACCUUGGAAAUGAAUUUCUUGGUCCUUUCUGCAGGUUUGCCCAUGGGGUCACAGCAAAGGGCAGAGUUUCAGAGGAUGGCACUGGUGGGCGGGCCUUUGGGGAGACCACCAGGCAUUGGCAAAGCACUCCUGGGGGCAGACAGAGAGAGGGUGGGCAGUGCCGCCCUUUCUUCUGACAACCUCUGGUUGCUCCCUGCUUUUGCCGCUGGUGUGGAUAUGAGGGCCGCCUCUGGAGAUCCCUGUUUCAAGUUGUCAUAGCCACACGGCAUAUCAGUGCCAACCCAGGGGUGUCCCCCGGGAGGGUCCCCCCACUCUCUCCAUCACACCCACAACAUUGUCUCGCCACCAAGUGUGAAUAAAUGGUAUGAUCGCCAACCCGGAGGGUUCCUUCUCCCUCCCUUCAAGCCAAGCUUCUGCUCAGGAUGAGUUUCCAGCUGAGUCUGGACGCCUCAGGAAUUUUCCCAGGCACAGUAUGUGGACCAGCAGGGAACACAAGGUGAUAUGUGGGUGGACAUUUAAAAUUUUAAUAGUCAUGUAUUUAUUUUCAUGUAUUAAAUAUAUCAGCUC